UUUCCGCCGUCGGUCGCUCUUCGAUGUCGUCAAACACAAAAAGCCAGCAGCAGCAAGUAAAGAGUCAUCGCAGCGAGAAAAAAAGUUCGAGUUUCCUUUCAGUAUCGCGUAAAAGUUCGAUUCUUUCCUUUAAUUUUAGCUCCAGCAUACUGAAAAAGUCUCCACCAGAUCGCUAAAACCUAAGACAAGCCGUGAAUACUAUCUUGUGAAUUGAGAACCACGGGCACGCGUCGCCAUUAGUUCUUCGGUUUGGUUUUUGAGUUUUUAUUUGCGUUGUUGGCCGAACUCGUCUUCGCACCAACGGAUUACGACUGGGAGCCCUUCGAGUUAGUAAUACGUCGUCCUCCGUAGCGGAAGUGUGCACCUUAUUUCGACUUUGAACGUAGCAACCACCACCAGAAGCUACUAAACGAUGGCGUCCAGUCCGCGUGCGGGAGGCGGUGCCCAGCGCCCGAAUGGCGCCACACAAAACAAGAUCUGUCAGUUCAAGCUGGUCCUGCUGGGGGAGUCGGCCGUCGGAAAGUCAUCGCUAGUGUUACGUUUCGUCAAGGGCCAGUUUCACGAAUACCAGGAGAGUACAAUCGGUGCGGCUUUCCUCACACAGACAGUAUGCAUCGAUGACACGACGGUUAAGUUCGAGAUCUGGGACACUGCUGGACAGGAAAGGUACCACAGUCUCGCUCCAAUGUACUAUCGUGGUGCUCAGGCGGCUAUUGUUGUCUAUGAUAUUCAGAAUCAGGAUAGUUUUUCACGUGCCAAGACGUGGGUAAAAGAGCUGCAGCGACAGGCAUCGCCGAAUAUUGUGAUUGCGCUGGCCGGCAACAAAGCCGAUCUCGCUAAUAGUCGUGUGGUCGACUACGAGGAGGCUAAGCAAUACGCGGACGAGAAUGGACUACUGUUUAUGGAGACCUCGGCUAAGACCGCCGUUAACGUUAACGACAUCUUUCUUGCAAUAGCUAAAAAAUUGCCUAAGAACGAAGGCACUGGACCUCAGCAAAAUAUAAGACCUACCCAGAACGAACAGAGCCGACAGAACAGCGGCUGCUGCAGCAAGUGAUGUUAUUCAGUUGCAAACGUAUUGUUAACUGUAACAGAUAACAACAAGGAAUGUUUAAGAAAAAAUAUCGUUACGAUGAUAGUAGGAAAUAAAAUCGAUUCCAAACUAGUUAUGAUAUAAACCAAGAACAACAGUACAGCAAGUGAAAAGAAGAAUGAAAUUUAAACGAAAUAUUUCAGACGAUCCUCACAACACACACACACAUACAUUUUUUAGAAAGGGGCAAUAUAAGAAGACAAACAAUUAAUUGGAACCGCUGUAGGUAAUAAGCAGCCAUUGUGGAACAGAAAAUAUACAUACACACUUUGAACACGUAACCCGAUAAACCAAAUACACUACAACCCCCGAAAACAUAUUCAGUCCAUUUCUAGGCGAGAUCAAACCAGAAAAAAGUUGAAGAUACUAACUUUAUCCAAUACAAUUAUACGACAGAAAAAAAUAGAGCAACUCAUUAACUAAACAAUUCCACAAUAAAUCCAACCAGCGAAUACAACAACAAAUCUAACAAAAAUUCGGUAGUAGGUUAUUUGUAUGAAACCCUGCACAUGUUUUCCAAUUGGUUUCUCCCAGCAUCUUCCCGUCCCUUUAAUUUGUUCUAUCUUUGCUCUGUUCCCCACUAAUAUAACGAAAUCUUCGUGGAAAUAUAUUUAUUGCUAAACUAAAAACCUGAAUAUAUAAAAAGUAUAUUUAAAGAAAUUAGAAUACCCGUAAUACAGCUUUGCGCUACGACGAAGUGUAAAAGUGGUACAACAUAAACACCAACCACUCUUACGGUAAGGUUAAAAAUCAAACACACGAGAAGAGAAAACACACACACAUACACAACACAGAUACACUCUUUACAAUUUAUGAUGAUGCAUGUAGAGUUAUCGAAAAGGAACUUCCCCUUGUUACAAUUGUUUAUUUUCCCCGUAGAACAUUUUAUUUUAUGAGUAAUUGUACGAUAAUCUACUAGAAGAAGAGAAUAAGAAAUGUAUAAAACUAUUAAAGUAAAAACAUAGUGGUAAAUUACAACAUUUCUACUACAGCUGUUAGUGUCCGGCAAUAGGAAAGUGCUACCUUAGUUCCCUGCUCGCACUGAGCGGUGUGAUAAAAAUCCAUCAAUUAUAUGUUGUUCUGCACGCAUUUACACAUUCGCAACGGAUGAUUCAACAAUCAAAUGCUAUGUUAAACUUUUUUUUUCUCCUAAUUGGAUUCGAACAAAAGUUGGCUACUAUACAUUUCAGAGGAAUUAUAAAAAAAUGAUAAAGACAUAAGCAAAGCUAAAAUGAUAUCAACCGGUGUUAUGGGCAAGUAUAAACGAGUUGGUAGGCAAUUUUUUCUACACAUUAUGGUUCAUUAAUUGACGCUAGACAGGCUAAUAUGAUCAAAUAUUUAAUGUUAAUCUUUCAUUUUUGGACUUUUUCGAGAAUUGUUCCCCCACGAAGCUAUCCACGGAUUGAAAAAAAAAGAUCAGUACAGAAGCUAAACGUACCCCCACGUAGUAGUAGACACUAGCGAAAUGCAAAGAGUGGAUGUGGUGGAAUAGUAAAUAAAGAAAAGCUAGUUAUAACUGACAUUCCUUUUUUUUAAAUGAAUUGAAAAAUUUGUGGAAAAACCGUGGAAACUAACAACACAAUAACAGCCGGCAAAAGAUGCAACCCUUUUGAUGAGAUUGAGAACACUACGAAAACAAAAUCGGAGCUGAUGUCAAUAAAGAAAAUUUGAAGGAGGCAUAUAAAAAUUGUAAAUCCAAAGAA